GAUCGGCCGCGGCUCCUUCAAAACAGUGUACAAAGGGCUGGACACCGAGACCACCGUGGAGGUGGCCUGGUGCGAGCUGCAGACCCGGAAGCUGUCGAAGGCUGAACGGCAGCGCUUCAGCGAGGAGGUGGAGAUGCUGAAGGGCCUGCAGCAUCCCAAUAUUGUCCGCUUCUACGACUCCUGGAAGUCAGCCAUUAAGGGCCAGAUCUGCAUUGUGUUGGUCACUGAGCUCAUGACCUCGGGGACCCUGAAAACCUACCUGAAGCGCUUCAAGAAGAUGAAGCUGAAGGUCCUGCAGCGCUGGAGCCGGCAGAUCCUCAAGGGGCUGCACUUCCUGCACACGCGGUCGCCCCCCAUCAUCCAUCGCGACCUCAAGUGCGACAACAUCUUCAUCACGGGCCCCACCGGCUCCGUCAAGAUCGGGGAUCUGGGCCUGGCCACGCUCAAGCGGGCCUCCUUCGCCAAGAGCGUCAUAGGCACCCCGGAGUUCAUGGCCCCUGAGAUGUAUGAGGAGAAGUACGACGAGGCGGUGGAUGUCUACGCCUUCGGCAUGUGCAUGCUGGAGAUGGCCACCUCGGAGUACCCCUACUCAGAGUGCCAGAACGCCGCCCAGAUCUACCGCAAGGGCAUGAAACCCAACAGCUUCUACAAGGUGAAGGUGCCAGAGCUGAAGGAAAUCAUUGAGGGCUGCAUCCGCAUGAACAAGGCUGAGAGGUACACCAUCCAGGACCUGCUGGAGCACUCCUUCUUCCAGGAGGACACGGGGGUGCAUGUGGAGCUGGCUGAGGAGGACGACGGUGUCAAGUCCAGCCUCAAGCUCUGGCUGCGCAUGGACGACACUAAGAAACUGCAUGGCAAGUACAAGGACAACAACGCCCUCGAGUUCCUCUUCGAGCUGCACAAGGACGUGGCUGAGGAGGUGGCCCAGGAGAUGGUGACCCUGGGCUUUGUGUGUGAGGCGGACUACAAGCUGGUGGCCAAGGCGGUGCGGGAUCGUGUGGUCACCAUCAAGCGCAAGCGGGAGAAGUUGAAGCGGGCGCAGGAUGAGCUGCGGCACCAGGAGCAGGAGAAGCAGCUGGGCAUCCUGCCCCUGCUGGAGGAGCUGAAAUGCCCCCCGGUGCCUACCACCCCCCAGGCCUCACCGGCCACGCCUGGCUCCGGGGACUCUGUCUUUGUGGGGACCUUCCUCCCAGAGCCCGAGGAGCCCGAGGCAGAUCAGCACCAGCACUUCCUGUAUCGGCACACCAGCUACUCCUCCACCGCCUCUGACUGCGAGACAGAUGGGUACCUGAGCUCCUCUGGGUUUGUGGACUCGCCAGACCUGUCCCACUGCCACUCGGGCACCUUCUCCACCAGGGACCCUUCCAGCCCACCAGCUGCCCAGUCAGAGAGCUGCUUCCCUGUGAGCAUCGCAGUGAGCUCGCCCAUGGAGCAUCUGCCCUCUGCCCCGGCCAGCGAGUUCUCUUCCCCAGUGGACAGCUACGCAUCGGACGUGGCGUCCGGCCUGAGCGACGGCUGCGAAGGGCUCUCGGCCAGUGAGCAGAACGCCAAGCUGCCGGCCAAGCGGGCCUCGGGGAAGCUGCUGCGGCGCCGAGCCAGGUCGAGGCUGCGCAUCACCAAUAUCUCGGACAAGAGCGACCGGGUGGUGGAGUGCCAGCUGCAGACCUACAACAACAAGAUGGUGACCUUCAAGUUCGACCUGGACGGGGACAACCCGGAGGAGAUUGCGGCCGUCAUGGUCAAUAACGAGUUCAUCCUCCAGUCGGAGCAGGACAGCUUCAUCCGUCGAAUCCAGGACAUCAUCCAGCGCGUGGAGACCUUGCUGCGCAAGGACGGGCAUGGUGCCACCAGGGCGGCUGGCAGCCCUCAGCCUGAGAGCCUGUCGCCCUCUGCCACCAGCAACGGCCUUCCGGCGGAACUGCAGCUGCAGGAUCUCUCGCGCUCCAUCUCGGCCUCGUCCUUGCUCAGCGACCUGGGCUGCAGCAGCCCAGGCCAGUCGGAGCUGGCUCCGGUCCAGCCCUCGCUCAGUGGCUCCCCCUCUGAAAACGACCUCUUCAGCCUCGCAGACACCCCGCCAGGGACCCAGCCCGUUGGGCUGCAGCCUCUGCUCCCAGCAGAACCGCCAGGUUCCCCCAGUGCAGCUGCGUGGAGCAGGCCCUCCUCCUUGAUGGUGCCUGGCCUGGCCCCGUACCCGCUGCCAACAUCCCAGUCUUUCCCACAGACUGCCGGACCCGGGCCCCAGGCUGGGGACUCCCUGCUGUCCACCACACCAUCCAGGGGAGGCGUGGGCCCCCUGAGCCCACCCAUGAACAGCAGUGCACCCACUGCGCCCCCCUGGUCUCCUGCCACUUCCCCCUUGUUCUCGCUGGCUGAGAUGUUCUCCCUGGCAAUGAUGAGCAUGGCCCAGACGCUGCUGCCGUCCGUCUCCUUGGCUGCCCCCCCGCCGGGAGGGCCCCAUGCCCCUGCACCGAUACCUCGCCCGCAGUCGCUGUACCUGGGGCCGGCACACUUCACCUCUCCUGGCCCUGCAGGCCAGGUGGAGGCAGUGCCACACUGCAGUUGGACCCAGGAGCCCACCAGCACCUGCGUCGCAGGGGGCUGGGGCCCUGCUCUUCCCCCUCAGGGCCUGGGAAGAAGCAGCAUCGGGGAGAGUCCGCUGGCAUCGGGGAGAGCUCCUGCUGCAGGGGCGCUGGACAGCGGCUUGGUAUCGCCCUGCUCCCCGAAACCCAGCAGCCACUUGAUCGUCUCUGAGUCGCCCGCCCCUGGCCUGGCCAAGGCCCGGCUGUCCCCCAUCAACGAAGAGGCCAAGCCCCAGAUUCUGGGUAGAUUCCAGGUGACCACAUCCAAGGACCCAGCCAACAGCACCCUGGGGCAGCAGAGCCAGAGUGACAGUGAGCAGAGCGUCCAGGAGCCCUGGGAGGGGGUGGCUGGCGCCACCUCUCAGCCCUCGGUGUCCAGCUCCUCCGCCACGGAGGGCAGCACAAGCCCCGACUCGGACUCUGUCCCCGAUACCCCGGUGCAGGACCCCGACGAGCUGCUGGCCGAGGAGGGGACGCCGGUGGCGCUGGUGGAGAGCGACCCGGAGAGGCCUGGGGAGGGCAGUGCCGAGAGCCCUCAGCAGGCUAUGGUGAGCCAGGUGUGGAUGAGCUACGCACGCAGCUCGUCCUACCUGAGCAGCGACGACACGGAGAGUGAGGACGAGGAGAUCUGGGAGGAGCUGCAGAGCCUGCGCCAGAAGCACCUCUCUGAAGUGCAGACACUGCAGGCUGUGCAGAAGAGGGAGAUUGAGGAUCUGUACUUCCGGAUGGGGAAGCAGGCCCCCCCGGGCAUCGUCUCCCCAGCCGCCAUGCUCUCCAGCCGCCAGAGACGCCUCUCCAAGGGCAGCUUCAACCCGUCCCGGCGCAACAGCCUCCAGCGCCUGGAGCUCUCACAGCCCACAGCAGGGAUCAUGCGCAGGAACUCGCUGAGUGGCAGCAGUACCGGCUCGCAGGAGCAGCGGCCGAGCAGAGGGGUGACAUUCGCCGGAGACCUCAGCCGAAUGUAACCGUCCUGCCAGCACCGAUUUUCAGGGACUACCUCAGCCAUGCACCAGCUGCCAUGGAGGGGUGGUGAGAGGCCCUGCUGUGAGCUGCCCAGGCAGCGCCCUGCCCCACAGGCUCUUCCGGGUGUGGAGACAGCACUGGCACAGUGGGGAAUGGUGACUCCUGCCCUUGUGUGCCCCUCCCAGCUUUGUCCCUGUGGAGCCAGGCACUGGGCCCCAUGGUGUUUGGUGCAGGUGCCCACUGCCUGGAGACUCCUGGCUUUGUCUGACAGCACUGGGGAGGAUCUGCAUUGGCCCCAACGGGCCCAUGUGAAGUCUGAUGGUGGCUGCACCCAUCCUGGUUCACGGGCUGCAGGGAGAUGGGUUUGCGG